AAUUUCAUUGAUAAGAUGAUAAAAAUUUAGUAUAAAUUGGCAAGGAAUUGCAAGAAAAAUUAUAUUCAAGCUUUAAAAAAUGUUUCGAUCACUUCUUGUGCUGAUUUUAGCUAUUGCUGCCUGCAGUGCUGCUCCAAAUCGAGAAAGCCGCAUUCUUGGAGGAAGAAAUGCAUUCCUUGGUGAAGUUCCAUACCAGGCAUCACUUCGUUAUUGGGGUUCAACUUUCCAUUUUGCUGGUGGUGUAUUGAUUAAUACUCGAUAUGUUGUUACUGGAGCCUUUAACUUGCGAGGACGUGCUUACAACUCUAUUAAUAUUGUACUUGGAAUUACCAGCCUCGAUACAGGAGUUGUGAAUAGACAAAGUGAUUACAUUGUGAUUCAUGAUCAGUUUGCUAUAGAAGGAAAUAUUGUCAAAAAUGACAUUGCAUUGGUUCGUGCUUUAACAGCUAUAACAUUAUCAACAACGAUCAAUGUGAUUCCAUUGUCAUCAUCAUUCGUUAGAGAUGGUAUGAAUGCUCAAAUCUCUGGAUGGGGAGCAACUGACAAAGAUAAAGGUCCCGAUUCCAACAAUCUGAAAAUUGCCAAUGUAGUCACAGGUCCAUGUAAAGAUACAGAAUUCAUGACUUUUACACCUCAACAUAUCUGUGCUGGUUCAGCAUCAAACACAACUGUAGUCGGUAUUUGUACAACAGAUAUUGGAGGUCCACUUUCACUUUAUGGGCAAUUGAUUGGCAUUGCUAAUCAUCAUUAUUACUAUGGAUGUGGAAUGACUUUUGAUGGAUUUGCUCGAAUUUCAAGCUACUUUGUAUGGAUCAAUCAAUAUAUGUAAUUUUAGAAAUUAAAAUAUCCAAAACAAUGUCUUCCUUAAUCAAUAAGUUUAUUGAAUAAUUGAGAGUAGAAUAAAAAAUAAUUCUUAUCAGAGAA